AUGCCACUUCGGACUCAUCCCAAGGUCUCACUCAGCAAAGAAGCUCGAGCAGCAUUGAGAUUCACGCAACGCGAGAAGUCCCGUUUAUUCAGAGAUGCUCUCAACGACGCUUGGAGCCAGAUUGAUCAGACAACCAAGACCAUUGCAGGUUCCCACCAUAAAAGUAUUCGACGCGUUCAGAAUAAUUUAUACUUUGGUCGUGGUAUGCUGCGCUCAAGGCGUGUGAAGCCUAAUCUCUGGAACACUUUUUGCUGGAAGAAAAAUCAGGAAAAAGAAAAUAGUGGCCUCGGCAAGGCUGCACUCCAGUCGCUAGUCCACGACCAUAAGGACGAAUAUCACACACUGUCAAAGGAGGAGCAAGACGAGCUUCUGGAGGAGUUUGCCAACUCGAGGGAGACCAAGACUAUGGGCUUGCGUAUCUCUGCAAAGUCGAAGGUCAAUGACAUCACGCAGACUUUGAAGGCUGUCGAGAACGAGCUUAACAGUCUUAAAUGUCGUACAGGUGCAGAAACCAUCCUGUACACAACGCAAGGCUCAACAGACCUUCCCCUUCGAGGAGUUAGCUUUGCCACCGAGGGCGUUCAAACAUUCAUGGGUUCUGUGAUGGGAAUUGAUGGUCAGGAUCUGGUAAGCAAGAUGGAAGGAUUCGCGGUCCAAGGAAUUAAAGGUGCUGCCAAGAAUCACCAACAGCGUGUCUCCGGGUUGCGUUCAUCAAUCCGCGAGAUCAUGAAUAGCAAGCUACAGGAAGUUACCGGUGAUGAUCGUGCCAAGAUGCAGUGGGUUCACUACUUCCGCAACGUUAUUCAGCGCUACCAAGUGGUAGUCGAAGGGUGGCCAAACAACAUUCCCUUUACCAACCUCAGCAAAGUAUCGAGUGCGAUUCCAGACCUUGAGAUGCUCUUACGGAAGUGGGAGUCAGGCGCUACAUACUGGAAGGCCAUAGAUGACAUAGAAUUCGAACGGCUUCGUCGAGAGCGCGAUGAAGGGCUCGAAAGCGGUGAUAUUAUUGAUCAACGCCGGCGCACUCGAUCUGACAAGGGGAAAAAACACAGACAGCCUGCAGGAACUCAGAAUGGAAGGAAGACAGUACAUAAGAGUGCGGAAUUCGUUGAUACUGAUGAUGAACAGGACGAGCCUCGUCUCCAGUCUCCAGAGCCUCAUCUCCAGUCUCCAGAGCCUCGUCUCCAGUCUCCAGAGCCUCGUCUCCAGUCUCCAGUAGCACAGCCCGCUACCAGUGGCAGCCUUCCUUCUACCACCCCUGCUCCCGGGUUUCAGUUCAAUGCCCUCGAGUUUCCAUUCAAUCCCCAGUUCAAUUUGAACGCCCCGAGUUCCAGUUCAAUACCCCCGAGUUUCAGUUCAAUCCCCAGUUCAAUUUCGAUGGUCCUGAGUUCCAGUUCAACGAUGCGCCUGACUUCGGUCCUGGGCCAUUGCUCAACUAGAUGGAGUUAG